CUCAGGGGAAGCAGCCCGCUCCGCUGCAGGGGCUCACUGCUCCGUCCCUCCUCUCGCUGCUGCUGGGAAGAGGCUGGGAGGAACCGAAAAGCCCUCCCCUCGCUCCCAAGCCCGGAGGGUUGUGCUCCCCCUUGAGGCCUGCCGGGGGCGGUAGCUGCUCCCGCCUCCCCCUCCGAUCCCACCUCCAACACUGGGGCCUCCGUCCCGCCCCCGAGUUCUUCUGAGGAUCCCAAAGGAGAUAAGGCUGGGAAAUGCAGAGAAGGAAUGUGAGGGCUGCUGGAGUGAAGUCCUUUUAAGAACUCCUGGAGGUGACCCCGCUCCCCUCCUCCCUUCCCCUGGGGCCGUGCACAGCCCUGGCGCCCCAGCUCUGCAGCCAGCCCAGCCCAGCCCAGCCCAGAGUGUGUCUCGGACGCAGCCAAGCGGCUUUGAAGCACUAAAAGCCAGUCGCAGUGAGCUUCCGAAAGGAAAGGCGGGCUGUGAGGGACUGCGGAGAGGCUGGCGAGCGGGAGAGCAGGUCACAGGAUCACAGGGUCAUCACUGCCCUUUGGCUCCUCGAGGCCCGGGGGGAAAGCGUCCUCGGUGCAUGCAGGGGCUUCGUGAGGCUUGGGGCACGCAGGCUGUGGGGGUCAGUUCAGCUCCAUCCCUGCGGCUUGGGAGGUAUGCGGGCCAAACCAAAUGGGGAAAAUCAUAAAACUGCUGAGACCUCUUCCAGAACAGUCCACACAAACUGGGAACCUUUAAAAGGCAGAUUUCCUCAAGCCAGUUCCGUAGAUUUCCAUUCAGAUAGUCUAUAGGGCCCACCGUUGUUUUUCAUCAACUCCCAGGUGACUGAGCUGGAGGUCUAAGGAACUGCUAUCGAAACUGCACACACGUCCUCGAGGCGCCACUAAGCACCACGGAUGUCCUGAGCUCCUCUUCCACGACUUCCAACAGGUCGAGGAAUAGGACUCGCUAUCGGACCAAAGCUGUGAGCUCCCAGGUGGAUGAGAGCCUCUUCGGAGGGGUCAAGGUGACUCUCAGAGGGACAUCCGAGCAGCUGGACGCUGGCAUCUAGUGGGGCCCCCGUGAACAGGGGCACCUGGCUCCCUCCACCCCUGCAAUCUUCACAUCUGCCCUGCAUUUAAAAUCUGUUGUAAUGUCGAGGAGGGCCCUGCUGCUGAGAGCAGAUCAUCGCCCAGUGAGUGCCCCAGGAUGAAGACGUGGGAGGGCCACGGACCGAGCUUGCAGCCCCGGAGCGACAUAUUGCCCCUCCAUCCAAGAACAGCAUUAGAGAAAACCGCAGAUCCUCAACUGGCAGGGCUCAUUCGCUCUGGGAAACCCCUAGCAGGUCUCCAUGUGCAGCCUCAGGCCCAGAGCGACAGCCCCAUCGUGCUCCUUCAAGAUAAGCAUGCCAUUCGGAAGACUCUCACUGCCCUGGGCUUGGAAAACAAGCCAGAGACCAUCCAGCUCGUCACCCGGGACAUGGUCCGGGAACUCCUCGUUCCCGCCAAGGAUCCCUCUGGGGAGUCCCUCAUCAUGAGCCCCGAGGAGUUUGAGCGCAUCAAAUGGGCAUCCCACGUCCUGACCAGAGAAGAGCUCGAGGCCAGGGAGCAGGCCUUCAAGAAGGAGAAGGAGGCCAUCGUGGACGCAGUGACCAAGCGCAAGAAGAUCAUGAAGCAGAAGGAAAUGGUGUGGAGAAAGAGCGAGAAGCUCAGUGACCUAGAGCAGGAGGCCCACGAGAGGGCCCAGAGCCUCCUGCAGAGAGCCAACAAUUUGCGCCUGGAGCAGGAGGAGGAGCUCAAGGACAUGAGCAAGAUCAUCCUCAAUGCCAAGUGCCAUGCCAUCCGGGAUGCCCAAAUCCUGGAGAAGCAGCUGAUUCAAAGAGAAUUGGACGCAGAGGAGAAGCGCUUGGAUCAGAUGAUGGAGGUGGAACGGCAGAAAUCCAUUCAACGGCAGGAGGAGCUGGACCGGAAGAGGCGGGAGGAAAGAAUCCGAGGAAGACGGCACAUUGUGGAACAGAUGGCAAAGAACCAGGAGGAGCGGUCGCUGCUUGCCGAGCAGCGGGAGCAGGAGAAGGGGCAGAUGCUGGAGUACAUGGAACAGCUCCAGGAGGACGAUCUGAGGGACAUGGAACGGAGGCACCAGCAAAAACUCAAGAUGCAAGCUGAGAUUAAGCGCAUUAAUGACGAGAACCAGAAGCAGAAGGCCGAGCUGCUGGCUCAGGAGAAGCUGGCGGACCAGAUGGUGAUGGAGUUCACCAAGAAGAGGAUGGCUCGAGAAGCAGAGUUUGAGGCUGAGCAGGAGAGACUGCGGAGGGAGAAAGAGAAGGAGAUCGCCCAUCUGAGAGCCAUGCAGGAGAAGGCCCAGGAUUACCAGGCAGAGCAGGAUGCCUUGCGGGCCAAGCGCAACCAGGAGGUUGCUGACAGGGAGUGGCGCAGAAAGGAAAAGGAAAAUGCACAGAAGAAGGUGGAGACAGAGGCCAAACUUCGCAAAACCCGGCUGGAGCAGGUGGCUUUCAAGGAGCACUCUCUGGCCGUUCAGGUGCAACGGGACCGGGAUGAGUUCGAGAGGAUUCUUCGGGCUCAGAGAGAGCAGAUUGAGAAGGAGCGGCUGGAGGAGGAGAAAAAGGCCACGGGGCGCUUACGGCAUGCCAACGAGCUCAGGCGCCAGGUGCGCGAGAACCAGCAGAAGCAGGUGCAGGACCGCAUUGCCACCUUCGAGGAGGGCCGGCGCCUCAAAGAGGAGGCCCAGAAGCGGCGUGAGCGCAUUGAUGACAUCAAGAAGAAAAAGAUUGAAGAGCUGAGAGCCAGCGGCCUUCCUGAGAAGUACUGCGUUGAAGCUGAGCGCAAAGCUAACAUCCUGCCAGCCGCCUCUGUGAACUGAGGGGAGCCUCCGUGUCCCCAGGGACGCCUGCAGGGGACAGCUUCUGCCCAGUCUCUGGGCGCCCGUAACUGCCGCUAACCUAGACAUUUUAUAGUUACAGAUUAAAUUUAUUCUA